UAAACGCAACACUCACGCGAAAUUUUGUGGUCACCUGGCAAACAAACAACAUGGCGUCCUCCUGGGUACAAAGUGUGCUUGGCAAGAAUAUGGAGUGGUAUGCUGCAGCCGGUGCUGUUGCAGUCUCAUAUGUUGCUUUUAAGUUCACUUGUUCUAUUUUAUCAGGACUGAAAUGUUUUGUUCUGGCCAAACCACUUGGACUUGGCGUGGACUUGAAGAAGACGGGGGCAUGGGCCGUGGUAACUGGCUGUACAGAUGGUAUAGGGAAGUCAUACACAGAACAGUUGGCCCAGAAAGGGAUGGACAUUGUGUUAAUUAGCCGCACUGAAUCAAAGUUAAAAGCUUUAGCUAAUGAUAUUGAAUCCAGGUUCCGUGUGAAGACAAAGAUCAUAGUAGCAGACUUUUCCAAAGGAGCUUCUAUCUACCCAGGCAUUAGUAAAUCCCUUGAGGGACUGGACAUUGGAGUUCUAAUUAACAAUGUUGGACUCGGCUAUGACUUCCCAGCAUUCCUACACGAGGUCCCGGACAGAGACCAGAAAUUCAUUGACUUGAUUGAAGUAAAUAUAACCUCCGUGACCAUGAUGACAAGUAUUGUAAUUCCUCAAAUGGUGGCAAAAAAGAAAGGAGUUAUUGUCAAUUUGUCGUCUGCUUCUGGGAUGAAACCUACCCCUCUACUGGGAGUGUAUGCAGCUGCCAAGGCCUAUGUCGACUACUUUUCUGUAUGUAUGCAGAAGGAGUAUGAAUCCAAAGGCAUUAUAGUCCAGUCAGUGAUGCCAAACUUUGUGACAACCAAGAUGAGUAAGAUAAGGAAGGCUAGUGUGAUGGUUCCUACACCAGAUUCCUUCGUUAGGUCGGCCCUGAGUCUCAUUGGCGUGUCAAACCGUACAAAUGGUUUCUGGAGUCAUAACCUCCUGGGAUACUUAACCAAUGCUUUACCAUUGUGGCUCACUUCACUCGUGUCCUUCAAGAUCUUGAACACAGCCAGAGUCCGAGCCUUUAAGAAGCUUGCUCAGCAGAAGAAAGAAUAGAGACUUCAAAGUGCUAUAUAGCCACUUAAACAAAUCUUCCAUGUUGUUUUUUAUCACUUUCUAAUCAUUGAUUUAUUAAUGUGUAAACAGACUUGAGGAAGUUUGCUUGAUUUACAUGUAAGAACAUACUGUAAACGUACAUACAAGUAUUUGGCAGUUAUCUUAGUUUUAUUCCUCUAAAUUAUGUACUAAUUUAACAUUCUAUAUAUUGUUUUCAUAACCGAUAACGUGAAUGCACCAAUUAAUCAUAGCACUAAUCGGUUAAAAUUUGGUGUAUAUGUGCUAAAAAUUGAGUUGGCCAAAAUAGUACGUUUACAGUAAUUGACUAGGGAAGUUUUUGUUACUUACAUGUUACUAGUAAUUGACUUGGGAAGUUUUUGUUACUUACAUGUUACUUACAUCAAGGGAAACUUUCCUCAAUUUAAAUUUAAGCAGAUAAUUGAAUUGAAAAUUGUCCUCUUCUUAAUUGCAUGACAUACAGUACCAUGACAGGUGGUGCUUUGAAGUUGCCAUAAUUAAUCCUGAUCCAAAAUGGUGGUAAUUAUUGUCAGACAGUACCCUAAACUAUAUUAUCAUGUAUUGUGAGAUAAGGCUAUUCCUGUGAUUCCACAUGGCAUACGAAUUUGUAUAUGUUGUAUUCAUAUAUAUUCCAGAAUUACAAAAUCAAGAAAUUUCCAUUAAUUAACUAAUUAACUAAUUGAAUUCCCAUUGUUUAUGCUCAAUUAAAAUAACCUUACCUCCAGAUCGUGUUUAUAUUUAAUACUGUAUCAUCACAAAUAAUGAGUAACAAUAACAUGUGAAAAGUUCAGGUUUUUGUCAGAUUCAAACCGGGACCAAUCAUCUCACCGAUAUCAAAUUCCAACGAGUACCAAUCAUCUCGCUGACAUCAAAUUCAAACCAGGGUGAAUCAUUUCACUGAGAUCAAAUUCAAAUAGCGACCAAUCAUCUCACUGAUGUCAUAUUCAAACAGGGACCAAUCAUCUUACUGAUGUCAAUUCAAACAGGGACCAAUCAUCUCACCGAUAUCAAAUUCAAACCGGGACCAAUCAUCUCACCGAUAUCAAAUUCAAACAGGGACCAAUCAUCUCACCGAUGUCUAAUUCAAACUUCUGAUAUAAAUUAUUAAAUGAACAUGUAAAUGUUUGUGCAUCAACUAUAUACAAUUAUUUAAAAGAUUUUUUGUAUGUAUUAAUUCUUGUAUUAAAAAAAAAAUUGAGUAAAUCAAAGCUGUUCAAACUCUGAUACCAGUAAGAAAGAUAUUUCUAUACUUGCCAAGUGUGUGCGAUCAGGCCUAGCUGAUAGUUUGGAACAAGCAAUGGAAAACACACAUAAUGUUAUCAGACUGAUCUAAUGAACAAUAAUGAAAACAGAAACAUAAUUAAGAUUUAAGGGAAGCAAUAAAAUAUAAUCAUGUUAAUUUUUAAAUAUGUAGUCUUUGACUUUUUUCCCAUUAAGGUGACAUUUUCAUAAUUGCUUCUCUGUAAAGAAAAACUUUUGAGCAUUAUAAGUGUACAACAGUCGUGUUUUGAAUUUUAAAAUGUUUGGUAAAAUGAGUGAGAUUUAUUCUAAGGUUUGUUUCAAAAUUAUCUAUGUACAUGGGAGGGAUGUGAGGCAAUUCUUACAGAGACCCCAAAACAAUUAGAUAUUUAAACAUAUUUUAGUAUAAAAAAUAUAGAAAAAAGAGGAUUUACUCCAACCACCCACCAACUUAAUUAAGUGCCUCCUACCCCUCACACACCAAUAAUAUUGGGCCAUUGUUACACCCUUGAUCUACCUAGAGUUAUUUCCCUUUGUUUUACAGUCAGUAUAGUAUUACCGUAUAUCGGAUGGUACAGAAAUAACUUGAUAGAUAAAUUGAUAGAUAAAUUGAUAGAUAAAUAUCUGUAUAUAUGUCUCUGAUUAUAGACAGUAUAUAUAUAUGUAUUCAUUCAAAUUCUUAGGCAUAGGAUUUAAUGAAUUCCAAUCAAUACUUUAUCAGUAUUACAAUCAGACUGUUUUGUAUAUUUCUAUUUAGUGUAGUCCUUAUAGAGUAGUACUUUGUCAAUGGACUGACUACAAGUAUCUCAAGUUACAACGAAAUAAAGACAAAAUAUAUACCACCCACCCACACAGUGUGAUCAUGUAGUCAAACCUGCCUAAGCCAAGGGCCACAUGCUUAAAUGUUUUGGUUCCCCAAGAUACAUGUAUUACACUCUCUAUUCAAAGGUCACCUUAUUGUGAUGUUAGCUCAUAUUUAUGUGGUACUGCGAGGUCAUCAUGACAUUAGAAAAUUCAAUUACGUUUAUAAAUGGCAAGAACAUAUUGAAAUAUAACAUUUUUUUUCAUACUGCCAAACAUAAUAUAAGAUGUCCAGUCCGAUCCAGCAGUUAACUAAUUACCUGGUACAUUGAAUUUCCUUUAAAUUGCUGUUACUGCCAGUAUUACUUUCAGAUAGUUUACCCCUCUUUACAGGGAAUAUUUAGAUAACAACUGUGCAAUAUUAUAUUACCAGCAUAAGUGUGUUGAAACAUGAUAUACUACAUAAUAAGAAAGGUAGAUGUGUUGGACAUUUAGUAUUUUGAAGUUUUGUUCUGUUAAUCAAAAAUUCAUUUGAUUUAUAAUUAAAAGUGGGGACUCGGGUGUUCGGGAAGAUUAUACAACUAUUGAUUUUCCCAUUUGUCACCAUGUCCAAUGGACGUUGCUUAUCGUACCAUUGAUAUGUACUUUGUACCAUUGUAUAUUAGUAUAGGAAUGAUCGAGUGCAAGGUAAUUUAUGCAAAUUAAUGGUUGAUUUAUCACAAGUAAACUUUUUGUGUAAGAGGCGUUAUACUGAUAACUGUGGUGUUUUGUUUGGGUAGUUUAAUGACAGUAUGUACUCUAUCUUUUGUCCAUGUUCUAAUCAAUUUGCAACUGUGUACUUACUCAGCAUUAUCCUCGUUUGUGUUGUUUGGAUCAUUAGAUAUUCAGAAAUAACUAGAACUCUGACAGGUCAGCAAGGGAUCCAUUGUAUGGCAAUACAUGUAUGUCCCCAAUAAUCAAGAAGCCAUUUGCAUUGAAGCAAAAUAUAUUAUACAUGAUCCACCUCCAAAUUCAAGUAUAAUACUCAUUUGUAAGCUUCAAUUUGUUUUAUGUAAAACUUAAGUACCUCCCCCACUAAGAGCCACGGUAAUAGAGAUCUGCUUUGUCCUUAACCUCUAGGCCCAAAUGAUCUUGACCUUUGAUCAAGUGACCUUGACUUCUUGCUUAAUUCCCACCAACUUUGCUUAAUGUCAUUACAAAAUUUUCAUCAGCAAAAAGA